CUGCCGACCAUCGUGCAGGACUUGAACUCGGGCGACUCCUAUGUGUGGAUAUCCAACGCAUACAUGCUCACGAUGGCCGCCUUCCAACCGCUGUACGGCCAGACGGCCAACAUCUUCGGCCGGCGCAGCCUGACCAUCCUGGCGGUGGUGCUGUUUGCAGUGGGCUCGGCCGUGUCGGGCUCGGCCAAGAGCACCGGCGCCCUCAUCGCCGGCCGCACCAUCCAAGGCCUCGGGGGCGGCGGCAUCAACGUCCUGGUGGACAUCAUCGUCAGCGACCUGGUCCCGCUGCGCGAGCGCCCCAAGUACAUGGGCGUCAUUUUCUCCGUCUUCGCCGUCGCCCUCUCGCUGGGCCCCGUCAUCGGCGGCCUCAUGACCCAGCGCGUCACCUGGCGCUGGAUCUUCUACCUCAACCUGCCCAUCUGCGGCGCCGCCCUCCUGCUGCUCGUCCCCUUCCUCCACGUCCACUACAAGAAGCAGCCGCUCCGCCACAUGCUCCGCCGCAUCGACAUCUUCGGCAAUGCCAUCCUGGUUGCCUCCGUCCUGGCGAUCCUCCUGGCUUUGACGUGGGGCGGCACCGUGCACCCGUGGUCCUCCUCGCAGACCCUCGUGCCCCUGAUCCUGGGGCUCCUCGGGCUGAUCGCCUUCCUGGCCCUAGAAGCCUCGACGUGGCUCCCCACCGAUGAGCCCACGAUGCCUCUGCGCCUCUUUGGCAAUCGCACCUCCCUCGGCGCCUUCGGUUUGACCUUCAUCCACGCCAUCCUCACCUACUGGAUCACGUACUUCCUGCCGGUGUACUUCCAGGCCGUCAAGGGCGCCUCCCCGACCCGGUCCGGCGUGGACCUCCUCCCCAGUGCCGUGACGGCCAUCCCGUUCGCCAUCCUGUCCGGCGGCGGCCUGUCCACCCUGAACCGCUACCGACCGUUCCACUUCGCCGGCUUCGCCUUCCUCAUCAUUGCCUACGGCCUCUUCACCCUCCUCGAUGCCUCCUCGUCCGAGGGCGACUGGGUCGGGUUCCAGAUUCUCGGCGCGGCGGGCGUCGGCACCCUCCUCACCACCACCUUGCCGGCCCUCCAGGCGCCCCUCUCCGAGGCUGAUGUCGCCGUCGCGACCGCCACCUGGGCCUUCCUGCGCAGUCUGGGCGGCAUCUGGGGCGUGGCCAUUCCUUCCGCCGUCUUCAAUAGCCAGGUCAAUACUUUGCUGCCGUCCCGGCUGGGUGAUGAGCCCGCCCUGCAGGCCCGUCUCGCGAACGGUGGUGCGUACGAGCUCGCCACCAAGGAGUUUAUGACCUCGCUGGAUGACCGGCCUGCUGUCCAGGCCGCAGUGGUGGGUGUGUACGUGGACAGCCUGCGGAUCGUGUGGUAUGUUGGGCUCGCGUUCGGGCUUCUAGGCUUCCUGGUCGCUUUUGUUGUCCAGGAGGUUCCGAUGCGGGAGCAGCUGGAUACGGAGUUUGGGUUGCAGGAGGAGAAGAAGGCAAGUGAUUUGGAGGAGGGCAGUGAUUGA